UGAAUGAAGUCACGAGAUAAUAAAUGAAGGUAAUGAAAUGAUAAUGUGUGUGAUGUAGAUUUUACCAGACUUUUAAUUCUGUUCUCUGUAUUUGCAGCGUUUUCAGGCUUAUACUUUCAGUAUUUACAGGCCUUUGCUCGAUGGAUCAGAAAGCUGUCUGAUAACAAACCAUAUCUCUGUGUGUGUGUGUUUAUUACCCUACCUCACUGCCCCUCCCCCUCUGCAGAAUAAACGGUUAGGAAGUGAAAGUGAAAGUCAGUCUCCAUUUUGUGUGGAGGGGAAAAUACACCAUUUCAGGAGUAAAAACACAGUUGUUUUAUGACUUGAUACAGAGACUAUUUCCUGUAAGUGAACUCUGUGCUGAUACAGGGUUUGAUUUAACACACCGAUGUUGGAGUGAAGUAAACGUGUGUCCUGCUGUAAUCUGGAGAAGGAGACAUGACCUCCAACAUGAGUGUGUCUGGAGAACAGGACUUAAAGAGAGACGAGAGAAUGAUGGAGGGAAAGAGAUCAGACUCACCAGAACCCAGCUGUGUGUCCAUGAAGAGUGACCGGUCAAUGGAGCAUCCAAUUUACUUCAGAGACGGAGCCAGAUCUCCUGAUGUGAGACCACAACAGAAGAAAUCAAACCUCAGCAGAAACCAGCUGGACUCCAUAUUCAAGGAGCUGGAACACAAAGUCAUCACUCUGAUAAAGAAUGAGCUGAAGAGGUUUAUGAAGCUCCUGAGUACAGAUUACCCAGCAUGCACUGAGAGGGAGGUGCAGGAUGAGGAGGAUCUGCACAGUGUCAGCGAGGGAGCGCUGAAGAUCACACUGCACGUCCUGAAGAACAUGAACCACACAGAUCUCGCUCACACACUGCACAACAAACUCACCUCUGUGUAUCAGACAAAGCUGAAAUCCAGCCUGAGAGAGAAGUUUAAAAGAAUUAAUGAAGGAAUCUCACAGCAUGGAAGCUCAGCACUUCUGAAUGAGAUCUACACAGAGCUCUACAUCACAGAGGGUUGGAGUGGAGACGUCAAUAAUGAACAUGAGGUGAGACAGAUUGAGACAGCGUCCAGGAGACCAGCAACACAGGAGACACCCAUCAAAUGUAAUGAUCUCUUUAAAGACAAGUCCAUCAGAAGUGUGCUGACUAAAGGAGUUGCUGGAAUUGGAAAAACAGUCUCUGUGCAGAAGUUCAUUCUGGACUGGGCUGAAGGAAAAGCAAAUCGGGACGUCACCUUCAUGUUUCCACUUCCCUUUAGAGAGCUGAACCUGAUGAAGCAGAAACAUCUCAGUCUGAUGGAUCUUCUUCAUCACUUUUUCCCUGAAAUGAGAAAACUACAAUUAAUAGACUCCUACAAAGUGGUGUUGAUCUUUGAUGGUCUGGAUGAGUGUCGACUUCCUCUAAAUUUCCAGAAGAAUGAGAGACUGUGUGAUGUGACAGAGUCAGCCUCAGUGGAUGUGCUGCUGACGAACCUCAUCAAGGGGAAUCUGUUUCCCUCUGCUCUCCUCUGGAUAACCUCUCGACCAGGAGCAGCCAGUCAGAUCCCUCCUGAGUGUGUAGACCAGGUAACAGAGGUACGAGGGUUCAGUGAUCCUCAGAAAGAGGAGUACUUCAGGAAGAGGAUCAGUGAUCAGAGCCUGGCCAAUAAAAUCAUCUCACACAUGAAGUCUUCAAGAAGCCUCUACAUCAUGUGCCACAUCCCAGUCUUCUGCUGGAUCUCAGCCACUGUUCUAGAGAGAAUGUUGGGUGAAGCAGAGCGUGGAGAGAUCCCCAAGACUCUGACUCAAAUGUUCACACACUUCCUGAUCUUUCAGAUCAAACACAAGGACCAAAAGUACCAUCAGAAAUGUGACCCUGAUCCUCAGCAGACCAGAGAGAGUAUCCUGGCACUGGGAAAACUGGCUUUCCAACAGCUGGAGAAAGGAAACCUGAUCUUCUAUGAGGAAGACCUGAGAGAGUGUGGCAUUGAUGUGAGAGAAGUGUCAGUGUACUCAGGAGUGUGUACCCAAAUCUUCAGAGAGGAGUUUGGGCUUCACCUGGGGAAGGUGUUCACCUUUGUACAUCUGAGUGUUCAGGAGUUUCUGGCUGCUUUAUACACAUUUCUCUCCUUCAUCAGCAGAAAUGUAACAGAACAACCAACCACUGAUCUGUCUGAUCUUCUCAACAAGUCAGACAUGUCUGAUCUCCUCAGGACUGCAGUGGACAAGGCCUUACAGAGUGAGAAUGGACACCUGGACCUGUUCCUCCGCUUCCUUCUGGGUCUCUCACUGGAGUCCAGUCAGACUCUCUUACGAGGUUUAAUGCCCCAGACAGGAAGCAGCUCUCACAGCAAACAGGAAACAGUCGAGUACAUCAAGGAGAAGAUCAGGGAGAAUCCAUCUCCAGAGAAAUCCAUCAAUCUGUUCCACUGUCUGAAUGAACUGAAUGAUCAUUCUCUAGUGCAGGAAGUACAGACUUACCUGAACAGAGAAGAUUACAGACGUCUCAGUGGAACCAGACUCUCUCCUGCUCAGUGGUCAGCUCUGGUGUUUGUGUUACUGAACUCAGAUCAGGAGCUGGAUGUGUUUGAUUUGAGGAAAUAUGACCCAUCAGAGGAAUGUCUUCUGAAGCUGCUGCCAGUGGUCAAAGCCUCCAGAAGAGCUGAGCUGCGUGUGUGUAAACUGACAGAGGAAAGCUGUAGAGUUCUGUCCUCAGUUCUCAGAUCAAACUCCUCCAGACUGAGAGAACUGAACCUGAGUAACAAUAACCUGCAGGAUUCAGGAGUGAAGCUGCUCUCUGCUGGACUGGAGAAUCCACACUGUACACUGGAGAUACUGAGUCUGUGUGUGUGUGAUCUGACAGAGGAAAGCUGUAGAGUUCUGUCCUCAGUUCUCAGAUCAAACUCCUCCAGACUGAGAGAACUGAACCUGAGUGACAAUAACCUGCAGGAUUCAGGAGUGAAGCUGCUCUCUGCUGGACUGGAGAAUCCACACUGUACACUGGAGAUACUGAGGAUGUGGAACUGCAGUAUUACAGAUGAAGGUUGUGCUGCUCUGGCUUCUGCUCUGAGGUCAAACUCCUCAUCACACCUGAGAGAACUGAAUCUGAACGGUAAUAAUCCAGGAGAAUCAGGAGUGAAGCUGCUCUCUGAUCUACUGAACGAUCCACACUGUAACCUGGAGACACUACACAUUAAGGAUAAUAAACUCACCAGGACUGGCGUAUGACAGGAGUCUCACCUCAAACCUCUUCUCCAGGAUAAAGCAGUCUUGGUGAAGAGUUAGAACCCGUCCCACAUUUCCAGCAGUUUGGGAGCUGAAUCAUUAAACUUAAAGGGGCAGAGCAGAAACAAAGUCAAGAACAGGCAGAAGGUCGUACACAGAAGAAAUCAACACACGUAACCAAAUAUCUGCUGUACAAAGCAACGGCACCGAUCUGCCCCGGGGAUGGAGACUGACAAGGCUUAAGUACACGUCCGGAAAUGUACAACCAACUCUUCCCAAAGCACGAGGCAGGAGCAGGCGUGUACGAGAUGUGAUCGUCCAAUGGCAAGCAGGAACAUGACGCAUUGCAGUGGACUGGGCUUAAAAGAGGAGGAGACAAGACACCCAUCCCUCCCCCGACAUAGACACACGAAUGGAACAUAGUACAAACAGAAAUACAACUGAGGACGUAACCAUGGCCAAGUAUCAAAUAAAAUGUAAACGUGCAUUGAUGAAGGUAAUGUUGUUAGUAAUUGUUUAUAAAUUACCAUGAUAACACAGAGCUCCAAGGUAUAAAAAUAUGGAGUUUGUCAUCAAUCAAACAGUAACCAGUUUUAAUACCUAAAAAAGUUUACGUAGCCAAAUUUAGCAAAGCGCAUUACAGUAAAUUAAAAUGUAAAUUAAACUAAUGAAAUGUUGUGCAGCACAUGCUUAUGUUAAUGUUUGUUACAUUAUAUGAUCAUAUAAAUAAAUAAAUACUCCUAAAGUUACCAGAAUUGAAAGCUUUGGUGCUGUUAAACAUUUAGAGAUUGAGGUUGUGGUGACUCAGUAGUUCACUCAGUAUAUCUGGGUAAGACACAGUGAACGACUCACUGCUGGCAUUCAUGAAGAAGUCAUAAACUCCACUGGAAUAAUAAAUAGGAUCUAAUAAAACCAUGAGUGGAAAUUA